AUGAAGCUGUUGUACCUGACAUGUGCCCUCCUGGCCAGCUGCGCCGUCAUCUGGGCCGCCAGUGGCGAGGAGGAGUCGGAGCAGGAGGAAGGACCGGAGAAGCUUGCCAAGCAGCCACACCCUGGACAAGGAUUCAAGCUGAUAUCCUUCGAUACAGUGGGAAAACACAUAGCCUUGGGCCUGGACUAUCUAGUGCCCUUCCUGGAGGUGCCUGUCAAGCGAAAGCGCAAUGCUCCACCAAAGCCUUUAGUUAUAGUGAACUCCGCUGCUGUUGUGAGCUGCGGGCUCGUGGUGGCCGGUGGAGUCCUGGUGGGUCACCUUAUCCGGAGCCUGGGACUGGAGGCCAUCACAGGAGAUGAGCAGCGUCCUGUGUUCGGGAACUCUUCUACACACAAGCCGAAGUCUUCGGAGGAAGAGGAGUCGUCAUCCACACCAGCACCUAGUACUACAAAUGCCACCGCAAGGGGACUUUUCGAUGAUAACCCAAGUUUGCCGGGAAUCCUGGACAACUUUAAGCUGAUUUACCGCAAUGAAACUGGAGAUCGAGUGGCCACCACUCUUCCCAACAUUCUGGGCAUGAUUGAGCGGACCUUCCUCAAGAGCGACGUGGACCUGACCGCCUGUCUGCUGAAAUCCCUUUGUACUGUGACCCACAACGCAGGGGAAAAGGUAAUCAAAGGCCAGGCUUCGGACUUCGAGCAUCUGCUGGAUGGAGCCACCAAGUGGUCCUGGCUGCUGGCCUGGUUGGAUCAGUCCGCUUUUCGAGACGCCAUCGAAGCAGGAAAGGCCAACUUGCCCCAUCACUGCGCCAUUAAAUAUCCGGAAUGCAAGUGGGUGGCGCCUGAAGAUCAAAUCAUGGAGUUGUUGCGAAAUAACGUACAGUUCAAGUAG